AUGAGACCUAUCCUCUUCUCAAAAUCCCUUCUUCCUCUCUUCCAUGCCCGUUCUAUUAUCUCCGGCCAAAUCAACGACCCUUUCGUCGCCGGAAACAUCCUCGAGUCUCUACUGCUCGCCGAUCACACCAACCUCUCAAAGGGGCGCGCUUUACUCUCCUUCUGUGCCCAUCGUUCCACCUUCAUGUACAACACCCUCCUCCAUGCUUAUGUUAGCAACAAACUCCCCUCCCUUGCACUUCUUCUGUUCGAUGAAAUGCUCCACUUGGAUAUAACUCCGAAUAACCACACCUUCCCCCUGCUACUCAAAGCCAUGGGUCAAACAUGUCAACUCAAGAAUGGAGCAUCCCUCCAUUCCAUGAUCCUAAAGUACGGGUUUAGCUCAGAUCAGUUUGUUCGGGCCUCGUUGAUCCAUUUUUACGGGUCUCUUGGCGCCAUUGUAGAUGCUUUUCAUGUGUUUAGGGAGAAUUCGGAGCCCAGUGUGUCGUCUUGGACAGCAUUGUUGACAGCGUAUGUGAAAAAUGGAAACUUGAUAUCUGCGCGGGAGGUGUUUGAUGAAAUGCCUGAGCGAAAUUUGGUUUCUUGGAGUGCUAUGAUUUCAGGGUAUGUCCAGUUUCGGCAGCCUGGGAGUGCUUUGGUUCUGUUCCAGGAGAUGAUGGGCAUGAAGGUCCAACCGAGCCAUUCGAUUCUCGUUAGCAUAUUGGUAGCUGUGGCAGAGUUGGGAGCUCUUCAGGAGGGGAAGUGGGUGCAUGGCUUCUUGGAGAGGAGUCAAAUAUACUUGAGCUCCAAUUUGAAGACUAGCUUAGUCCAUAUGUAUGCCAAGUGCGGGGAUCUUAUGAGCGCAAAGCAGACAUUUGAGACGUUAAGAGAACGAAAUGUUGAUUUGUGGAAUGCGAUGAUUGCUGGUUUGGGACUAUAUGGUAGGGGAGAGGAAGCAUUGGAGCUUUUUGCUGACAUGGUUGAUGAGGGAAUUCAACCUGAUGACAUGACCUUCAUUUGUUUGUUAUCUGCCUAUAGUCAUUCUGGAAUGGUCGCUGAAGGGCACAAAUGCUUUGAAAGUAUGAGGAAAGUUUAUAAGAUUGAUCCUAAAGUGGAGCACUAUAGUUGCAUGGUGGAUCUUCUUGCAAAAGCUGGGCUUUUCAUGGAGGCAGUGGAAUUCAUACAGAAAAUGCCUAUGGAGCCAAAUGAUAGAAUUUGGGGAUCACUAUUUGGUGCUUGUAGAAUCCAUGGUGAUAUUGGGUCUGGAGAAGCUAUCGGGAAGCAUCUUAUUGAAAUGGAACCACAUGAACCAGGGUGCUAUAUUCUUUUUGCUAACUUGUAUGCAUCCACUGGAAGAUGGAAGGAUGCGCUCACUGUAAGGCGAACCAUGAAAAUUAGAGGAGUGGAACUUGAACCAGGGUGCAGCCUAAUUGAAGUGGAUGGGAUGGUUCAUGAAUUUCUAGUGGGUGAUAGAGGUCAUCCUAGUUCAAAUGACAUAUAUGACAUGUUGGACAAGAUGGCAAAGAUUUUUGACGUGUGA